AUGGACGCAACAGCUAUGCAGGUCGCGCGAGAAUCUUUCGCCUACUCGCGAAAUGAUUUCGUCGCAUAUAUCCAGGAGCUGGCUGCCGGAGAUAUGUCAGGUCAGGAUGUUGCUGCAAUCCAGACCGAGCUUCAUCGUAUAGCCAACACACUCUCUGGUUGGACGGAGAGUGUGAAUGACCCCAAGCUGACUUGCAGCUGUUUUUCGGACCAUUGUUGCAAACUCUCAUUUGUUAUUGCAGAAGUCGCUGAGAUGUUCACUGUCCAGGACGGGCAGCUCCCUCUAACAGUUCUGAAGAUGCUCAAUAUGCUGGCUAUGCAGGUAGGACGAGUCACUCUGGAUGGCCAUCGUGAAGAGGACGAGUUUGCGCGGGGCUUUGAUCACAUGGCCAAGGACGAAGAUCGUAGAUGGCAGAUUAAGUCCCAGGGACCGGAUGAUGGUAGAUCUGCACUUCUUUUUGGCCUGUGGACUCGCAUGAAUCGCACAUCGGAGCAUGGUCCCAAUUGCCCUCAUGCCGGUAAUGCUUGA